CUCGUAGUUGUAAAAUUUGUUGGCUUGCCGCUGUGCACUCUACUCGUCGUUUGCUCUGCUACAACCUUGCCCACUUUAUCUGUGAGCCACUUUAAUUCAGUUCAUUUCUGACGAUCGUGUCGUUUGGUUGAUUUGAGUAAAUUUGCGGAAGUGUGGCCGAACGUGUUGUUGCAUAGCGAAUGCAUUUGCGGUCGAAAGCGCACAAGUAACGGAACAAUAAAUGUUGUGCAAGAAGUGUUCGUGUACAUAAAUUUUGAAACAAUAAAGUUACGAACUUUUGUGUAACAAUAACAAAUACUGUGUAACUAUAUUAAAUGGAAAAAUGUGAACUACUAAUUGAUUGGGGCAAAAUUGAUUUUCGGCUCAACUCGCGCAAAAUUCUCGUUACAAUCAACCCUGACUACACUCCGUUGGUCCGGUUUUGUUUGGGACAGCCCGGUUAUUUUUGUAUACACGCGUCGCUGCCAUUGUUGUCAUUUCGUUACGAAUAGGUUUCAACAAUUUAUUUUCCAUAAAUAAAUUUGCUAUGCUUUGUUAAAAUUACUGAAAAAACAAAACAUAAAUAGCGAGCAAAGUGAAACAGCAAAAAAUCCAAAAACGAAACAUAGAAAACGCUAAACAGUAUAAAAUAAUAAAAACAACAAUAAAGAAUUAACCAAGAGGCGCAGGCAAAGUCAAAGUGCCGGAGUAAAACAGCCCAAAGAAAACUGAGAGAAUCAUUGUUAGCGGCGAAAAAGCAACAAUAACAACAGCAGUAAAUAUGUGCACGCGUAUAAGGAAAGCGAGCAAAGCAUAAAAGGUAAUAAUAAAUAGUGAAAACGCUAAUAUUGUUCGAGUUAGAAGUGGAAAAGCGGCGUAAACGUAAAAAAAGGAAAAUCCGAAUUUUACGCAGACAGACAAAUAUUAGUGUUUUUGGUGUAAUAUUGCUUUUGGAAAAAAUCGUAAACAUUUAAUUGUUGUUAUUGCUUGUCUGUGUUAAUGUUAAAAAAUGUGGCAGCAGUGCGUUGGCCGGUGAUCGAUGAUGUUGACGGCGUCAGCGUAGGCUCUGGAGCAGACGGUAAACGGCGCAAGCUGCACCUAAAAAGCAUACAAACAGCACAUUUUAUUUUCAAUAAAAUAAAAAAUAAUAAUUUUGUUAGUAUAAAAUAAUAUCAAAAAGUGGCGAAAACUUUGAAAUAAACAAAUUUAAAAGUAACGAAUAAUCAACGAAAUCAUAAAAAAAAUAAAUUGUGUACUGCAACAAUUUUUUGUACGCAAAAUUUGUUGUCAAGUUGUGCUAUUGUUUACUAUUUACUUUCCAAAAAUUUUGGUUCUGUGAUAACUGUGUGCCAAAUUUACUAAAAUUUUACUAUUUUUGUUUCAUACAAAAAUAUUCUUGAAAUUUCAACUAUUUUCUUACAACUUUUGGAUAAUUCGAAUAACUGCUGAAAAUCCCAAAGAUCCGCAAAUUUCUACCUAGUUUAUCAAACGCAAAUGCCGCAAAGUAAUUAAACUUUCAACAACGACAAAAUGGAAUUGGAAAUGUUAUCCUUCAUUUGUCGCCCAGCGUUGAUUUGACAACGUGCUGCGCCUGCGGUUUGAGCGUUCGUACGUACAGCGCGCGUCUCCAGCGUUGCUACAACUACUUACUUUGCCACACAUUUGAGUUGUCUACUGUUUUCAGUCAGCUGUAGGCUGUCAACUGUCAUAGACAGCUGAAAGUUUUUAACAAGCGCAACUAAUCCUUAACAUUUUUGUUGGACACAGCGUCGCUUUGGAGCGACUUACACGCAUAAGUUUCGUGCAACAUAUUUAAAUAAUAAACUUACAAACACACAUAUAAAUACCUACAGACGUCAUGUUACGCACAACGGCACACAGCACUAAGACGACGCGGCGGCAUCCGCUGGCGUUAUGCAACUCUGUCUUUGCGCUCAGCAUCGUGCUGCUGCUACACACACAUAACUGUCAUGCGGACGGCAUGCAACAUCUCGCGGAUAGCGGUGGUGGCGUUGGCAUGGGCGGCAUGGGUCCGCACUCCAUGGAUGUUAGUCCCGCGCCGGGUUAUGGCCUACCCGCCAUACCAAAAGAUCCGAAUUCACGCUGCGAAGAGAUCACUAUACCAAUGUGUCGCGGCAUUGGUUACAAUAUGACUUCUUUUCCGAACGAAAUGAAUCACGAAACACAGGAUGAAGCCGGUUUGGAAGUGCAUCAGUUUUGGCCACUCGUUGAAAUCAAAUGUUCGCCAGAUUUGAAAUUCUUCCUUUGUUCUAUGUACACGCCUAUCUGUUUGGAGGACUAUCACAAACCAUUGCCGGUUUGUCGUUCGGUUUGUGAGCGCGCACGUGCCGGUUGUGCGCCCAUCAUGCAACAGUAUAGUUUCCAGUGGCCAGAGCGUAUGGCUUGCGAGCAUUUGCCAUUGCAUGGCGAUCCGGAGAAUUUGUGCAUGGAGCAGCCAUCGUAUACGGAGUCGGGCAGCGGCGGUUCGGGCCGUGAUGGCACGUCCGGCAGCGGCUCGGGCGGCAGUGGUGGUAGUGGUGGCAGCGGCAGUGGAGGCGGUGGUGGUAAACGCAAACAGUCUGGUUCCGGUGGCUCGACUUCACAGAAAUGCAAAGGCAAAAAUUCAAAAAACUGCCAAAAUUCCCUAGGAGAAAGAACAAACACAAAGGAUUGCACGUGCUCGUGUCGCCCGCCACUCCUACUCCUGGGGAAGGAAGCGCUGAUGCAGCCACCACACAUGCAUUACCCGUGGUACAUGAAUUCAACUGUACAAAGAAUCGCCGACGUACCAAAUUGCGCGAUCCCCUGCAAGGGCCCGUUCUUCACAAACGACGAAAAGGACUUCGCCGGAAUAUGGAUCGCCCUGUGGUCGGGUCUGUGCUUCUGCAGCACACUCAUGACGCUAACCACGUUCAUCAUCGACACCGAAAGGUUUAAAUAUCCCGAACGUCCGAUCGUUUUUCUCUCCGCUUGCUACUUUAUGGUAGCUGUUGGUUAUCUAUCAAAGAACUUUUUGCAGAAUGAAGAGAUCGCUUGCGAUGGUCGCUACUUGAAAGAGAGCUCCGCAGGACCACACUCAUGCACUAUGGUAUUUCUACUGACAUAUUUCUUCGGCAUGGCUUCGUCCAUUUGGUGGGUAGUGCUCAGCUUCACUUGGUUCCUGGCCGCUGGUCUUAAAUGGGGCAAUGAAGCCAUCACCAAACACUCGCAGUAUUUUCAUUUAGCCGCCUGGCUCAUACCCACAGUGCAAUCGGUAGCCGUAUUGCUGCUCUCGGCUGUCGAUGGUGAUCCCAUACUCGGCAUUUGCUAUGUGGGCAAUCUCAAUCCGGAUCAUCUGAAGACAUUCGUGCUGGCACCGCUCUUUGUAUACCUCGUCAUCGGCACCACUUUCCUAAUGGCGGGCUUCGUUUCACUUUUCCGCAUACGUUCCGUUAUCAAGCAGCAAGGCGGUGUUGGCGCUGGCGUUAAGGCGGACAAAUUGGAGAAACUAAUGAUACGUAUUGGCAUCUUUUCCGUCCUCUACACCGUCCCUGCAACCAUCGUAAUCGGAUGCUACCUGUAUGAGGCCGCCUACUUCGAAGACUGGAUCAAAGCGCUCGCCUGCCCAUGUGCACAGACAAAAGGUCCUGGCAAGAAACCAUUGUACUCAGUACUAAUGCUGAAAUACUUUAUGGCCUUGGCAGUUGGUAUUACAUCGGGCGUUUGGAUCUGGUCCGGUAAGACGUUGGAGAGUUGGCGUCGCUUUUGGCGUCGUCUCUUCGGCGCACCGGAUCGCACUGGCGCUAAUCAGGCGCUCAUUAAACCGCGACCGCCCAUACCGCAUCCGUAUGCUGGCUCCGGCAUGGGUAUGCCAGUGGGUUCGGCGGCCGGUUCGCUACUCGCCACACCAUAUACACAAGCGGGUGGCGCAUCGGUUGCCUCCACCAGCCAUCACCAUUUGCACCACCAUGUUCUUAAACAACCGGCAGCAAGCCACGUAUGACAUGGAGAGUCAGGCGGAGCUUCAACAAUGGGCGGUGGUGGUGGCGGCGGCGGCGGCAGUACAAUUGGCGGUGGCAGCGUGCUGGGCGGACACGGUACUCUGAUGAGCACAGCGGGUAUGAGCAAUAGUACGGUUGGCGGCGGUGGUGGUGUUGGUGUUGGGGCUCCUCCUGGCAGUAUGUUGCACGGUGGCGGUGGCGGUGGCAUGGGCGUACCAACGCCCGGCAAUAUGGGUAUGCCUGGCGUUUAUGGCAAUGGUAAUGGCGGUGGCGGUCCCGGUGGUGGUCCAAUGGGCCCCAUGGGUGGCAAUGGCGGUGGUAAUGGUCCCAGUACGGCACCCGGUUCGGUGAUCGAUUCUCGCGCGGUGUCCGUGGUCGUUACGUUGCCUGGUGGGCCGGGCGCGCAACACCCCGGGCAGGCGCUGAGCGACUAUGGUCCUAUAUAGUUAAUGGUACGGCCAGAUACAGCGCACUGGGUGUCGACGAGCAGUUUUUCGCAACUGUAAAUGCAAGCGAUUGCAGUGUUGCAAUUUUCUUUAAGUUUGCGCACUUUGGCGCUUGCGCCUUUAAACACAUCUGAAGUGUUAAUAUGAAUUGUAAAGUUACAACAACAAGGCGCCAUAUUAAUUUCUGCUAAUUUAUAGUUGUACAAUAAUAACAUAUUUAAAUACAUAAAUUUAAACGAGUAUGUAAUAAAGUAACGAGUAAGCAAGCUAAACUAUAUAAUUCUAGUCCAUUUUCAUUGAAAGAAAAAAGCAAAAAAAAAAAAUAUAUUAAAAAUAAAGAAAUGAAGGGUUAAAAAUUAAAAAUGUACGAGACAACAACAAAGCACAAUUUCUAUUAAAUAUCACUAAACAAAUUAAAGCAAAAAUAGUCAAUAGCUUAUAGAGUAACACUUGAACUUGCUACACCUUCUUUUCCAAAUAAAAAUGUUUAACAAAAAGCAAAGAGUUAAAAAAAUAGCAAAUGAAAGUGUUAAAAAGUUAGGAAAAAGUAAAGCGAUACGAAAAGCACAUCAAAUGCGCGCGAAAAUACAUUUUUGCUAUAAAAAGUAAUUUUAUAAAAAAAAUGUCUAUAAACAUUAUUUCACUUACUGCUAAUUCCUUUUUCAACUCUCUACUCAAAUAGACUGAUUUAAAGUAAUAUUAAAAACUAAAGAAAAAACGUAUUUCACUAAAAACGCGAAAUGCAAUAUUUUAAAUGUACGAAUUGUGUAAAAAACCCGCAUUAAAAUAUGUUAAUCAUGGAAAUUUUAACGGAAUGCAUAUGAAAAGCAAAAACAAUAACGACACGGUAGAGAAAAACAGUUUUCAAAAACGUUUUUCAAUUCGCCUACCACCGAAAUUGCGUGAAAUUUGCCACUGCCAAAAACGCCAACGCCAUAUUGCAUUACAAAAACAAAAAUAAUAAUAACAAAAACAACAAUAACGCUACUUAUACGUAUACAUAGGAAAUGCAUGUAAAUUUGCCAGCAAAGAAAAUCGAAUAUCAGAAAUGUAAGCAGUUAGCGGAGCUGAGUUAAAAGAUAAUUACGAAAAAAACAACGUUUACGCAACCCAGUAAACGUGCAAAAGCAUUUGUAAAAUAUAUUUCAUGUUUAUUUGUAGCAUUUAUUACGCCUAACUGUAUGUAGCGUUGCUAAAUAUAAAAAUAUGUGAAAAAUCAUAGCAAACACACUUUGUGAGUUUAAGAUGAAAAAUCAAAAUACUUAUGAAAUGAAAAAUUGCACUAAAAGAUUAAUUAUAAUUAAUUUAUAAAUUAUUGAAUGCCAACGAAUUAGCGCAAGCACAUAAUGUCCAACUGUAAAUACUGAAUUUUAGUUUUUUAAUUUAAUAGAAUAAUAUUUUAUUAUUUAAGCAAUUAUAAGCGCGAAAUUAUUUUGUUCAAAAAUGCAAAAUACCGCAAGUGAAAUUGAAUUAAAGUGCACUAAAAAGUUUUUUUUACGUUAAUGAGGAAAUAGUGUUGAAACGUGCAGUUGUGACCAAUAUUUUUUAACACAAUACUUGGAAGAAAAAUAUAUUUUAUUUUGAUAAUUAUUGGAAGAAUUAUUUGUAUGAUAAUUAAUGGAAGAAAAAUUUAUUUUUUACAUAAUAUUUGAAAGAAAGUUUGUUUUUGAAUAAUGUUUAGAAAAAAGUUUUUACAUAAUGACUAAAAAGUACAAAUUUUUCUAUUUCUCUACUUCCGAGACAACAAAAUUCAAGCGCAAUAUUUUGUUUAAAUUUUUUUUUGGAAAAUUUAUUAAUUUAAUGUUUUUACACAGCAGUUCUUACAAUAUUUGAACAGCUUAAAGGCAUAUUGAUUUUUUUUGAUAUAUUUUUCAAAAGAAAUUUACAAAAAAAAUAAUUUUUUGAAAUUCUUCCUGAAUUUUUUUUUUGUGGUAAUGAUGUUUGCCCAGAUCUAAAAAAAUUAAACUUGAUCUACUAAAACUUAGCCAGAAGUCUCGAAAAAAAACAAUUUGCAAUUUUUUAUGCAAUAUUAUAAUUAAUUAUAAUUUUUGUUUAUAACGCUAGAAGUUACUUCUCAACAUUUUUGAGCAAAGGUUGUAUUUAACCAAAAGUUUAAAAUUAAAGAUAUCCUCAACCAAAGUUGUUUCCAUAACAAAAAUUUUUCUAUUAUUUCCACAAAAUGUUUUAUUAUGAAAAUUUCCAAAAAUUAAUUGUUUUUAAGUAAUUAUAUUCCGUAUAAAAAAUAUUCAAAAAAUUAUGUUCAAUAUUGUGAAGAAAAAAAUUAUUUUCCAAAAAAUAAAAUUUUUUUGUUCUAUAUACAUACAUACAUAUUAUCAAAUUUGAAAAAAAUAUUCAAAAAAUUAUGUUCAAUAUUGUGAAGAAAAAAAUUAUUUUCCAAAAAACAAAAUAAUUUUUGUGCUAAAUAUUAUUAAAUUUGAACAUAUUUGAAAAUAUUUUUAAAAUUCAGCAGAAAAAGAAUUCUAUUUAAUAUUAAAAAAAGUUAAGUUCAAUAUUUUUGAAAAAAAAAAUUAUGUUAAAUUUUUGAAAAAACAAAAUUCUUUGAGCAUUAAUUCUCGAAAUUAAACUUUUUUCAAACAUGCUUAAAACUUUUUGAGUAAACAUUUUUUUUCCAAUAUUAAAAGAAGAUAAUAAUACUUUGUACCAUAUAAUUAUCAAACAUUUUAAAACUCCAUAUUUGUGCCACAAAAAUAUUUCUUCCAAAAGCAACAAAAAAUUCGCUUAAUUUGCUGCACAUUUUUCACUUGUCUGUCUAAACAUCGCUUCGUAAAUUUUCCAAAACCACGAACGUAUUUUGCAUUUGUUUGACGCUUUGUAAAUGCAAGAACAACAAAUAAAUAAUUAUAUUAUAAAUUAUUUAUUAAUUAAGCGCAUACAAGAAUUUCCUACUUAUUUUUAAUAAGUUUAUUUGUUUACAUUUAUAAAAAGUGUGUAAUAUUAGGUAUUUUUGUUUGAUUUUCGUAUCAUUUAUAUUUCUUGCUGCAAAGAAAUUGUACAUAGUUGCAUGUAGUCACGCAUUAUUUACUAUAAGUUAAAAUAAUUAUUAUUUUUUAUAAUUUGUGUAUUAAUGAAAAACAUUAUGCCAACAAGUAGUUGUGUAAGCGUAAGCAAAGUAAUUGUAUUGUAAUUUGCAAAGCAUUCAAAUUUAUUUAAAUACUAUUAAUAUUUAUGCAAGGAAGAAAAUAUUUAAAAUGUAUGUAUUAAAAGAAAUUGAUUGAAAAUUGCUAAAAAUGUGCGCAGACUUGAUUAUUUUAGGUUUAAAAAAAUUAAAAAUAUUUUUUGAGCCCAAAAAACUCAACAUCAGCCAUUUUUUCAAAACUCACAUUUAAAGUUUUGCGGCUAUUCUUAUUAGCCGCCGUCUUUUCAUUGAGCGAACUACUUUUCUAUUGCUUUAUUAUAUAAUAUUUUAAUUUAAGUUAAACAGACGAAAAGUUAAAACUGUGUAUUUUAUUUUAUACUUUAUCUUAUAAUGAUUAUACUGUAGCGAUUAAUUAUUGUUUUUAUUUAAAAAUGCUAAAUAAAAUGCGAAGAAGAAAUUAUUUACAAAAUCAAA